UGGCCAUCAGACACUAUGAGGAGGCUGGCUUUUCGAGGUGCUGGUUGUACUCUGGUAAAUCUGAAGAAGUUGGAUUCCAUGGGUUCCAAGAGGCGAAGAGCAACCUCGCCAUCCAGCAGCGUCAGCGGAGGAGACUUUGAUGAUGGCCACCACUCCACAAACGUACCAGGCCCCAGCAGAAAGAGGAGGAGGCUCUCCAAUCUCCCAACUGUAGAUCCUAUUGCUGUAUGCCAUGAACUCUACAACACCAUCAGAGAUUACAAAGAUGAACAGGGCAGGCUCCUUUGUGAGCUUUUCAUUAGGGCACCAAAGCGAAGAAAUCAACCAGAUUAUUAUGAAGUGGUUUCUCAGCCAAUUGAUUUAAUGAAAAUCCAACAAAAGCUAAAGAUGGAGGAGUAUGAUGACGUGAAUGUUCUGACUGCUGAUUUUCAGCUACUCUUUAACAAUGCAAAGGCUUACUAUAAGCCUGAUUCUCCUGAAUAUAAAGCUGCCUGCAAAUUAUGGGAGUUGUAUUUGCGCACAAAAAAUGAAUUUGUUCAAAAAGGGGAUGCUGAUGAGGAGGAUGAAGAUGAGGAAGGACACGAACAGGGCACAGAACUAUCAUCUCCAGGUUACCUGAAGGAGAUUCUUGAACAGCUUCUUGAAGCUGUAGCUGUUGCCACAAACCCAUCAGGACGCCUCAUAAGUGAACUGUUUCAGAAACUUCCAUCUAAAGUGCAAUAUCCAGAUUAUUAUGCAAUAAUAAAAGAGCCCAUAGAUCUUAAAACUAUCGCACAAAGGAUACAGAAUGGGACUUACAAAAGCAUUCAUGCAAUGGCCAAGGAUAUAGAUCUUCUCGCAAAGAAUGCCAAAACCUACAAUGAGCCUGGAUCACAAGUGUUCAAGGAUGCAAAUGCAAUUAAAAAAAUAUUUAAUAUGAAAAAAGCUGAAAUUGAACACAGUGAGUUGGCCAAGUCAAGUCUCCGAAUCAGGACUCCAUCAAAUUUGACUGCUUCCAAGCUGACAGGUCCUUCCUCACAGGGUAAAGGCAGUGUUGGUGAUGAGAGAAAUUCUUCUAACAAAUAUUAUCGUAACAAAAGAUCAGCCCAGGGGGAUCGUUUAUCAGCAAUUACUAUGGCAUUGCAGUAUGGAUCAGAAAGUGAUGAGGAUGCAGCUUUGGCUGCUGCUGCUCGUUAUGAAGAAGGAGAAUCUGAAGCUGAGAGCAUUACUUCUUUCAUGGACACUUCUAAUCCUCUUUAUCAGCUUUAUGAUACAGUUAGAAGUUGCCGAAAUAAUCAGGGCCAGCUCAUAUCUGAACCCUUUUUCCAGUUGCCCUCUAAGAAAAAGUAUCCUGAUUAUUACCAGCAAAUUAAAACACCUAUUUCAUUGCAGCAGAUCAGAAUGAAACUGAAGAACCAUGAAUAUGAAACCUUAGAUCAGCUGGAGGCUGAUCUGAACUUAAUGUUUGAAAAUGCCAAGCGCUACAAUGUCCCCAAUUCUGCCAUCUAUAAGAGAGUACUGAAAAUGCAGCAAGUUAUGCAGGCAAAGAAGAAGGAGCUUGCUAGGAGAGAUGACAUUGAGGAUGGUGACAGUAUGAUUUCUUCUGCUACAUCUGAUGCUGGAAGCUCAAAAAGGAAAAGUAAAAAGAAUAUGCGAAAGCAACGAAUGAAGAUCUUAUACAAUGCAGUUCUGGAAGCUCGAGAAUCAGGCACAGGCAGACGGCUCUGUGAUCUGUUUAUGGUUAAGCCAUCCAAAAAGGACUAUCCAGAUUAUUAUAAAAUUAUCUUAGAGCCAAUGGAUUUGAAAAUGAUUGAACACAACAUCCGCAACGAUAAGUAUGUAGGGGAAGAAGCAAUGAUUGAAGAUAUGAAGCUCAUGUUCCGAAAUGCAAGGCAUUAUAAUGAGGAAGGCUCCCAGGUAUACAACGAUGCCCAUAUGCUGGAAAAGAUCCUUAAAGAAAAAAGGAAAGAACUGGGACCCCUACCUGAAGAUGAUGAUGUUGCAUCUCCUAAACUAAAGCUAAGUAGAAAAAGUGGCAUUUCUCCUAAAAAAUCGAAAUAUAUGACUCCAAUGCAGCAGAAAUUGAACGAAGUGUAUGAAGCAGUUAAGAAUUACACGGAUAAACGAGGCAGGCGACUGAGCGCCAUCUUCUUGAGGCUGCCAUCUAGGUCUGAGCUUCCUGACUAUUACGUAACCAUUAAAAAGCCAGUUGACAUGGAAAAGAUCAGAAGUCAUAUGAUGGCCAAUAAGUACCAGGAUAUUGAUUCCAUGGUAGAAGACUUUGUAAUGAUGUUCAAUAAUGCUUGCACCUACAACGAACCGGAAUCUUUGAUUUAUAAAGAUGCCCUGGUCUUACAUAAAGUUUUGCUUGAAACUCGGAGAGAGAUAGAAGGAGAUGAGGAUUCUCAUGUGCCCAAUGUCACUUUGCUAAUUCAGGAACUCAUCCAUAACCUUUUUGUAUCUGUUAUGAGCCACCAGGAUGAUGAGGGCAGAUGCUACAGUGAUUCCUUAGCUGAGAUUCCUGCUGUUGAUCCCAACUUCCCAAAUAAACCUCCUCUGACUUUUGAUAUUAUCCGAAAGAAUGUUGAAAGUAAUCGCUAUAGAAGACUGGACUUGUUCCAGGAGAAUAUGUUUGAGGUACUGGAGCGGGCAAGAAGGAUGAACAGGACGGAUUCAGAGAUUUACGAGGAUGCGGUUGAACUUCAGCAGUUCUUCAUUAAAAUUCGAGAUGAACUUUGUAAAAAUGGAGAGAUUCUUCUGUCACCUGCUCUCAGCUAUACCACCAAGCACCUUCACAAUGACGUAGAAAAAGAAAAGAAGGAAAAGCUGCCCAAAGAAAUAGAGGAGGAUAAGCUCAAAAGAGAGGAGGAGAAGAGAGAAGCUGAAAAGAGUGAAGAUUCCUCUGGCUCAGCUGGAUUAUCAAGUUUGCAUCGGACCUACAGCCAGGAUUGUAGCUUCAAGAACAGCAUGUACCAUGUAGGAGAUUAUGUCUAUGUGGAGCCUGCUGAAGCCAACUUGCAACCUCACAUAGUCUGCAUUGAGAGGCUGUGGGAAGAUUCUGCUGGAGAGAAAUGGCUGUAUGGCUGUUGGUUUUAUCGACCAAACGAAACGUUUCAUCUUGCAACACGGAAGUUCUUGGAGAAAGAGGUUUUUAAAAGUGACUAUUACAAUAAAGUUCCAGUUAGCAAAAUUUUGGGCAAAUGCGUGGUCAUGUUUGUAAAGGAAUAUUUUAAAUUGUGUCCUGAAAACUUUAGAGAUGAGGAUGUCUAUGUAUGUGAGUCACGUUAUUCUGCAAAGACAAAAUCUUUUAAAAAAAUUAAACUGUGGACUAUGCCUGUAAGCUCUGUAAGAUUUGUCCCACGAGAUGUGCCCCUCCCUGUGGUCCGUGUUGCUUCUGUGUUUGCUAAUACAGACAAAGCAGAGGAAGAGAAACACUCUGAAACAUUAGAAGACAGUAAGGUGGGAGAAAGUAUCCUUCAUCUUGAAAAGGACAAAGAAGAUGUUCCAGUAGAAAUGUCCAAUGGAGAACCUGGUUGUCAUUACUUUGAACAGCUCUGUUACAAUGAUAUGUGGCUUAAGGUCGGAGACUGUGUCUUCAUAAAAUCACAUGGAUUAGUGCGACCUCGGGUAGGAAGAAUUGAAAAGAUGUGGGUGCGAGACGGAGCUGCAUAUUUCUUUGGUCCAAUCUUUAUCCAUCCUGAAGAAACUGAACAUGAACCAACUAAAAUGUUCUACAAGAAGGAAGUGUUUUUAAGUAACUUGGAGGAGACCUGUCCUAUGACUUGCAUUUUGGGGAAGUGUGCUGUUCUGUCGUUCAAGGACUUCCUCUCCUGCAGGCCAACAGAAAUUUCUGAAAAUGAUGUUUUUCUUUGUGAGAGCCGCUACAACGAAAGUGAUAAACAAAUGAAGAAAUUUAAGGGGCUCAAGAGGUUUUCACUUUCUGCAAAAGUUGUCGAUGAUGAAAUAUACUAUUUUAGAAAACCCAUAGUUCCUCAGAAGGAACCAUCUCCACUUCUGGAGAAGAAGAUCCAGCAGCUAGAAGCAAAAUUUGCUGAGUUGGAAGGAGGUGAUGAGGACAUAGAAGAGAUGGGAGAAGAGGAAGGUGAUAUCACUGAAACACCUUCUAUGCCUCAGCUUCAGACCCCAUUAGCUAGUGAAUUGGAUAUAAUGCCUUAUACUCCACCACAGUCCGCUCCCAAGUCUGUUAAGGGCAGCACCAAGAAGGAGGGAUCGAAAAGGAAGAUCAACAUGAGUGGUUACAUCUUAUUUAGCAGUGAGAUGAGAGCUGUGAUUAAAGCUCAGCACCCAGACUAUUCCUUUGGAGAGCUCAGCAGGCUUGUAGGAACUGAAUGGAGAAACUUGGAAGCAACAAAGAAAGCAGAAUAUGAAGAGCGGGCAGCUAAAGUUGCUGAGCAGCAGGAGAGAGAGCGAGCAGCACAGCAGCAGAAUCCCUCCCCCCGGGCAGGCACUCCUGUCGGGGCUCUUAUGGGGGUGGUGCCGCCACCAACACCAAUGGGGAUGCUCAAUCAGCAGUUGACACCCGUUGCAGGCAUGAUAAGUGGCUAUCCACCGGUGCUGCCACCUUUGCAGGGCCCAGUUGAUGGCAUUGUUAGCAUGGGCAGCAUGCAGCCACUUCACCCAGGGGUGCCCCCACCCCACCAACUUCCGCCAGGUAUGCCAGGCAUCCCAGGCAUCCCACCACCCGGUGUUAUAGGCCAAAAUGUGUCCCCCAUGGUAGGCACUCCAGCACCCGGAGCAAGUCCCUUUGGACAGCAGAUAGGAAUCCUUGGCCCGCCAGGACAGCAGGCACCCCCUCCGUAUCCGGGCCAGAGCCCAGCAAGUCAGCCGGUCAUGCAGCAGCCCUCAACUCCCAUGUUUGUCUCCCCUCCACCAAAGACACAGAGGCUUCUUCAUUCUGAAGCCUAUCUGAAAUACAUUGAGGGGCUUAGUGCUGAAUCAAAUAGCAUCAGCAAGUGGGACCAGACCCUUGCAGCACGACGGCGAGAUAUCCACUUAUCAAAAGAACAAGAGAGCCGUCUCCCGUCACACUGGUUGAAAAGUAAAGGAGCUCACACCACCAUGGCUGAUGCGUUAUGGCGUCUCCGAGACCUGAUGCUACGAGACACCCUCAAUAUCCGUCAGGCAUACAAUAUAGAAAAUGUUUAGUUGCAUUCUUGCUUCUUUCUUUGAUACUGGCAUAUAAGGAGUUUUGUGGAACAAUAGCUGUUUUAGUUACUGGGUGGGGAGAGAUAACCAACAAUAAUUUGUAUUGCAUUUUACUGUACAUUGCAAGACCAUUUUUAUAUAAGGACACUUUUAAUAAGCAUAUUUCACUUUUUGUUAUAUUAAGUUGAUUAAUUUUGUUAUAUUGAUAAUUAUAUCAAUAUUGAUAUAUAAACAUAUCAAUAUUGAUAUAUUGAUUAAUUUUGUUAUAUUAAGUUGUGUUUGUUAUAUUAAGUUGAUCAAAUACACGGAUUUUUGCAUAUGUUUCCUUUGUUUGAAAGGCGGUUUCAUAAUUGGUUAACUGUAGUCAAGGAUUCAUCUUUCUUAUACUUUAUUGCUGAGAAUCCGAUGCCAUUGUUUUUAUAUAAAAGAAGAAAAAUAGAAAACAAAGUAUUUACAGAUUGGUACAAUGGAAUGUGAAGUUAGUCAUAGUUUACAGCCUAGAGGAAUGUGUGUACCUGUGCUUGUGUGUGCUAGCCGCUUCUGGCAGAAAUCUCACUUGGAUGUGAACAGGGAAGAUCUCCUUGAAAGAAGCUAAAGGUAAGGUGUGCAUUGGAGCUAGAGCAAAAUCACAUUUCAAGUCAGUAUCGAGGUAGCUGAGUGGGCCACAGCGAUUGUGGAAGUGCUAGUGCGGACAGGGCAAGGCUGUCUUGACUGCUAGUGUUGUCCAAUCCUGUCCAGUUACUUAAUUGUGUAGCCAAAGCCAUUGUGAUCUUAAAUCAGUAACAGCAUACUGGGCAUACAGCUGGGCAUGCCCGUGGGAGGUGAAACUCAUCUGCCAUGACCUGUUCUGGGGGUUCUGUGAUGCCCUAAGGCUGAGCAGAGGAGGCAAAGCUGCUUCCCCCUGCAAUUCAAUCUGCAGGCGAGAGGCCAGAACUCUGAACCAGUUCAGGACUUGGAAGGUAAGUUCGAGGAGAGGCUGAGUUCUUUUGUUAGUGCAGUAACUUGAUGCUUUUAAAUUCACACACAUUCUGUUGAUGAUUGGGCAUUAUAAGACGUUCUUCUGUGUGUAUUGAUUCACGUUAAUGAAAGUUUUGCAAUGCAAAAUUUGAAAUUGGACACACAAAUGUAACUUUAUAAUAGUGCUGUAUGCAUAACUUCACCAUACCUAGUACAUCAGAGAAACGGAUUACCCGCAUUGCAGCCUUUGGAGGGUUUUUGGGUUAGUUUUUUAGCAAAGUAAGGUGUGUAUAGACUCCUCUUGCCAAAUUUCAGGGUUGUGACUGCCUUCUGCUAAAGACUUAACUGUCCUUGUAACUAACCAACCUUCUGGACUGCAAAGCUAUUUGCUUAAAAGUAAAUGCUUUCACGUACUUGAUUGUAGAAAAAGAAUAAUCUUGGGUUGCAUUAAGUAAGUGGGAAGGUAAGGUGAUACUAAUUUGAAAGAAAUUGUUGGCAGGAACAUGGUUACUGCAACUCAGUCCAAAAGAAUAACUUUUUUCUUUUUUUCUUCUGAGAGAGUGGAAAAUAGAUUAAUCUAGGACCGGUAUUUUCAUAAACCAGUUGAAGGUAACUAAUAAUUAUUUGUUCUCUUCCUCAGUCCCCUUCCAUGAGAAAAUUUACUGUUUCUGUAAAAAAAAAAAAAAAAAAAAAAAAAAAAAAAGUUGAUGUUGGUGACUUUUUUUUUUCAGCGUAUGUUUUCAGACCUGGUUAAUCCAUGCUUGGCUUUUCAUUAGACCUUGUACUCCUGAAGGUUAAGCUGAUAACCAGGUGUGUAACAUGUAUGUACCAUCACUUUGUUUACCUGAGUCUUUUUAAUUUGAAUAAAAAUAGUUUGCAAAGUGUUUUGGAUUAAACAGGUUUGAGUGUCCCAUCAA